UUUGUAGCAUAAGAGGCUACGAGAAGAGAGUGGGAAAGGAGAGAAGGGUGGUGGUGGUGGGGGCAAGGGUGUUGAACCAAAAGUUUUUGAUCAGAGAGAGAGAGAGAGAGAGAAGGAGCACUGUGAUGAUGGUUGGCUUUUUGUGUUUGUGUAGCUGCGGUGGCUGCCAAAGAUGAGGAACAAGUUAUCUUUUAGAAGGGUGGUCUUUUGGGUUUGGUUGGGUAGUUUGUGUGAUAUGUGGGGUUGUUCUUUCAGGAUAUAGUGUCACUCAUGCACUGAACUUUGUGUUUCUUGUCGUGGCCACCCCAUGUUAGAUUCUUCUUACUUGGCAGAGCCAGACAUACAUGCCUUCUGAUUUCAGAUCUCUUUGAUUGCCUCUGACUCUUUGCCUCCACCACUUUCCUUUCUUGUUAUCUGCUUCUACUCGUUUUACUCUGCUUCUCAUUAAAUCCACUUUGCUUUCUCCAAUAUUUAUUGCGGGAAAGAGAAGAAGAACAAUUCAAGCUCUGGUGCUGAGCUUUAAAGGAGGGACAAAGCUGCAACGUGGCUAGCAAAGGAAAAGGUGUAGCUCUUGGUGUCAAAAAUAAGUUAUUGGAACCAACAAAGAGAGAAGAAAAUGAACCAAAUAUCUAGAAUCAAAAACAUAAUUUAUCGUGGUUGGGGCGGUGGUGUCAGUUUUGAGCAAGUGGGGUUGUCUCUGAUUUUGUCUUUGAGGAAUUGUUUUUAUGUUUGAGAUAGUCUGUUUCUGUUAGCAAUGUCUCCUAACAUGGCCAUUCUUUUCUGAGGUACUUGGACUGUUACCAUUGCAAGGUAGAGCAACAUAGGGAAAAAAGGAGUAGAAUAGUCAUUUCCUUUGGGGAAGAUGAAGUUUAUGAAACUUGGAUCUAAACCAGAUUCUUUUCAGAAUGAUGGUGAUAAUAUCAGGUAUGUGGCAACUGAGUUGGCAACUGACAUAGUAGUUAAUGUUGGAAAUGUCAAAUUUUAUCUCCAUAAGUUUCCUCUUUUGUCGAAAAGUGCACGCAUCCAAAAGGUGGUUACAAACUCUAGUGAGGAAAACAAUGAUGAAGUCCAUAUCCAAGACAUUCCUGGCGGACCUGCUGCUUUUGAAAUAUGUGCCAAGUUCUGUUAUGGUAUGACAGUCACUCUGAAUGCAUACAAUGUGGUUGCAGCUCGCUGUGCAGCGGAAUAUCUUGAGAUGCAUGAAACUGUUGAGAAAGGAAAUCUUAUCUAUAAGAUUGAAGUCUUCCUCAACUCUAGCAUUUUCAGGAGUUGGAAGGACUCGAUUAUUGUUCUUCAAACUACCAAGUCUCUUCUUCCAUGGUCUGAGGAACUUAAAGUAGUGAGCCAUGCCAUUGACUCUGUAGCUACCAAGGCUUCAAUUGAUACAUCAAAGGUGGAGUGGUCAUAUACCUAUAACAGGAAAAAGCUACCAUCUGAAAAUAGUAAUGAUACUCAGUUCAAUAGUGUGAGGAAACAGCAUUUGGUUCCAAAGGACUGGUGGGUGGAGGACCUUUGUGAGCUCCACCUUGAUCUGUAUGAACGGAUUAUAACAACAAUUAUAACCAAAGGAAAUGUUUCUGGUGCUGUAAUUGGAGAAUCUCUAAAUGCUUAUGCCUCAAGAAGGAUGCCUGGCUUCACCAAGGGUGUGAUCCAGGGCGGAGAUACUGUCAAGAAUAGAUUAUUAUUGGAGACCAUAAUUCGAUUAUUACCCAUGGACGUGGGCAGUGUCUCUUUCAGUUUCUUGGUGAAGUUGCUAAGGGUUGCUAUUCUGUUGGAAUGUGAAGAGUUGGAGAGAUCUGAACUGAUUAGAAGAAUAGGUAUGUGCCUUGAAGAGGCCAAGGUGUCUGAUUUAUUAAUUCGGGCACCAGACGGUGACACAAUUUUUGAUGUUGAUAUUGUGCAAAGGCUAGUAGAAGAGUUUGUAGCAUGUGACCAACAUGUUCAGUUGGAUUCUCUGUUGGAAGAUGAAUUUCAGGAGAUCAGAAGCCCCGGGAUUGUAUCGGAUACUUCAAAGGCUAAGGUGGCAAAACUGGUCGAUGGCUACCUUGCUGAGAUUGCUCGUGAUCCAAAUUUACCUCUUUCAAAUUUUGUUAAUCUUGCUGAACUAGUAUCAAGCUUUCCUAGGACAUCUCAUGAUGGCCUUUAUCGUGCCAUUGACAUGUAUUUAAAGGAGCAUCCUGGAAUUAGUAAGAGCGAAAGGAAAAGAAUAUGUAGGUUGAUGAACUGCAAGAAGUUGUCUGCAGAGGCUUGCAUGCAUGCUGUGCAGAACGAGCGGCUUCCCAUGCGUGUUGUUGUGCAGGUUCUUUUCUUUGAGCAGCUGAGAGCUACAGCAUCUUCAGGAGGCAACAGCACACCAGAUCAUUCCGGGUCUAUCAGGGCCUUACUUCCCGGUGGAUCACAUGGGAGCUCAAGGUCUACUAUUACAAACACAGAAGAAGAAUGGGAUGCUGUGGGAACAGUUGAAGACAUAAAAUCUCUGAAAGGAAACAACAAAGGCAACGCUGAGAAUGUUUCUGCUAGUAAAAUGAAAAGUCUGAUGUCAAAGAAGAUAAUGUCAAAGAUUUGGUCAAGCAAAGAAAGAAGUGGUGAGCUAACUAGUUCUGAUACAUCAGAAAGUCCUGCUUCCACUGUUGUAGAGGAAACAAAAUCUACCCCAUCUAGAAGCAGGAGGCAUUCGGUAUCUUAGACAAUGUUCUGCAUACUUUAGAGCUCCAUUUAGUUAUUGUAUAAUCAUCUCACUCAAGUAGCAUCAGGAGUUAGAGGAUACUGACAUCUUCCACCUGAUAGAUACUUCAAUCAGGUCAAUGUAAGUGUGAGCAAAAAAAAUGAGGUUUGUAUCAUGCCUCUCCAUUACUAAUAUUAGGUUAGGUGUGAGCUCUAGAAGUAAGUGACCCAGUUUUGAUUAUUGGAAACUGGUUUAUGACGUGCUAAAUUUGUAAUUUUAGUUUUAAAGGGAACCAAUCAGAUAAGGAUGGCGCAGAGAGUUUGAAAGCUUGUGUUGGCAUAAUUACUUAGCUGUGAUCUCUGAUUAA